AUGCCAAUCCGAUUACCAAUGCCAGAACCAUCGGAACUUGAAAGACGCUUCACAAAAGUUUUGGCGUCUAUGGACCUACCACCAGACAAGGCGAAGGUAUUAAAAGGAUAUGAUGAUGAGAAGAAAUGGGAUCUCAUUUGUGAUCAGGACCGUGUGCAUGCUAAAGAUCCUCCCCAUGUUUAUUUAGAUAAAUUAAGGACUUACCUAGAUCCCAAGUCAACACGAAGUUCGCGGGUAAACAAAUUCUAUUAUUUAUUAUUAAAAAGGAAGAUACUUGGAGAUUCCACUUCAACUCAAGUUUUACGAGAUUUAGAAAUUUCAUUACGUACCAAUCAUAUAGAAUGGGUACGAGAAUUUUUAAACGAAGAAAAUCAAGGUUUAGAUGUUUUAGUGGAUUAUUUAUCAUUUACACAAGUUGUCAUGAGGAAAGAACAGUUAUUGAAUAAAGAUAAAAGUGCUAGCCUGGAUUCAGGUUUAACGUUAAGUCCUAAGAGUCCAAUAUCUCGAUUAAAACGCUCCAACACCCUGGGCUCGGCACGUGGUAUAAAAUACUCCAGUAAAUUAAAUAUGGGGGAAGCUCGAGAUGAUGUCCAUGUCUGCAUAAUGUGUUUACGGGCUAUUAUGAACCAUCAGUAUGGUUUUAAUCUUGUGAUUGCCCAUAAACAUGCCAUCAACUGUAUUGCUCUUAGUUUGAAUCAUCGUAGUUUAAGAACUAAGGCGUUGGUAUUAGAGUUGUUAGCAGCUGUAUGUCUAGUGAGUGGGGGACAUGAAAUUAUUCUCUCGGCUUUUGAUAACUUUAAAGAGGUGUGUGGUGAGCCCCACAGGUUUGAAACUCUGAUGGAAUAUUUUAAAAAUUAUGAAGAGUUUCAUAUAGAUUUUAUGGUGGCUUGUAUGCAGUUUAUUAAUAUUGUGGUACAUUCUGUUGAAAAUAUGAAUUUCCGUGUUCAUUUACAAUAUGAGUUCACACAGAUUGGCUUAGAUGACUAUUUAGAAAAAUUACGUAAUACAGAAUCUGACCGUCUGGCUGUUCAAGUCCACGCAUAUUUAGAUAACAUGAUAGAUGUAGCUAAUUUAUUAGAAGAUUCAGAAACCAAAACAGAAGCUUUAGAAAAAGUGGCUGAGUUAGAAGAUGAAAUAUCUCAUGUAAAAGUAGAGGAAGAAGCUAUGACUAAAACAGUGGAGUUAGAAAAACAACUAUCAGAGGCUAAUAGAGAAUUAGAAAUUUUACAACAAGUUAAUGCUCAACAAGAAACUGAAGUCAAUACCUUACGGAAAACUUUAAAUGAAAAAGAUGAAGAAAAUUUGAAACGUCAAAGUUUAUUGGACUCCAAAAUGGUGGAGUUGGAACAAAUUAAGCAAGGUGUUAUACCAGCUGAGAAAUACUCAUUCUUUCAUGUCUGUCUAUUUUCAGGUGAUACUGUAACAGGAAAUGGAAUAUUACCACCACCUCCCCCUCCAAUAGCUGCUGCACCUCCACCUCCUCCUCCCCCUCCACCACCAUCAGGACCAGCUGCACCCCCACCACCCCCUCCCCCUGGAGCAGCCAUUCCAAGUAUGUCAGGUAAGUUCGUCUAUGUAUUUCAUGUUUUAUUGAAGGGAUCAAUGACGAUCAAACGUAAAAUCCAGACUAAAUAUAGGCUACCAAUAUUAAAUUGGACACCAUUAAAACCUCAACAAGUUAAAGGGACUAUAUUCUCAGAUUUAGACGAUGAAAAAUUAUAUUCAGUGAUAGAUUUCUUAGAAUUUGAAGAAAUAUUCCGUCUAGGACCAGCAGGACCUAUCAGAUCAUCAGAAAAUGGUACACCUAAAUUAGGCAAGAAAAACAAAGUUCCACAAACUAUAUCAUUAUUAGAACCAAAUAGAUUACGUAAUAUUGCUAUCACAAGGAGGAAAAUGGAUAUGCAGAAUGACGAGGUUGUAAGAGCUAUUCAUGGACUAGACCUACAGCGUUUAUCACUAGAUAUGGUGGAUAUUUUAUUAACUAUCUUACCCAAUGAUCAAGAGAUGAAAGCGUAUCGUGAAUACGAGAAACAGAGGAAAUCAGUUGAUAUUUUAUCAGAUGAAGAUAAAUUCAUGUUACAGUUGGCGAAAGUUGAGAGAUUGUCACAGAAGUUAACAAUAAUGAGUUUUGUUGGUAAUUUUUAUGAUAGUCUGCACCAUCUUCAACCGCAAGUUAAUGCUAUUAUUGCUGCUUCAAUGUCUUUAAGAAACUCACAGAAAUUACGUAAAAUGAUGGAGAUUAUUCUAGCAUUUGGUAAUUAUAUGAAUAGUUCUAAACGUGGAGCAGCUUAUGGUUUUAAACUACAGAGUUUAGAUAUGUUAAUAGAUACCAAAUCUGGUGAUAAAAAAGUCACGUUGAUGCAUUUCCUGGUUCAAACAAUACAAGAUAAAUUCCCUGAUGUUGUCAACUUUGAUAGUGAACUGAGGUUUAUAGAGAAAGCUGCUUUAGUUUCUAUGGAGAACAUCACCACUGAUAUUUAUGAACUAGAAAAAGGGUUUAGUUUAACCAAGAAAGAAUAUGCAUCUCGCAGCAACUCCAAAGAUGCCCCUACUCUUCUUAAAGACUUCCUGGCCAAUUCUGAAGAUAAAUUCCAUAAAUUACAAGCAGAUGUCAAGACAGCACAGGAUGCGUAUAAAAGAGUAGUGGAAUAUUACGGAGAGAACAUUCGAACCAUGUCACCUACUACUUUCUUCUCUCAAUUUGUUCGUUUUGUAAAUGGUUUUAAGCAAGCUGUUUUAGAUAAUGAGAGAAGAAAGAAAUUAGAAUUUACGAUUCCCGAUAUUGAUCAACGGGCCAAUAAACGCAAAGAUAAAAAAUUAUCACAGGAGGCGAUGGUGUCAGAAUUAAAGAAUAGGAACAAACAAAUAAAAGAAAAGAAAUUAUUAAAUAAAGAUGAAGUCUACCAUGGUGCUUUAGAGGACAUUCUUUUAGAUUUAAAGAAUGAGCCGUACAGACGAGCUGAUGCUGUGAGACGUAGUCAGAGAAGACGAGUAGAAAGCUUAGUUCAAGCUCCAUCUCGUACUGAAAACUUUUAA